GUCCCAUGCCAUCCUAUCCGUCACGCCCAGCCUGCCUAGAAGCGAGGUGUGGGAGAGAGUGCGUGGGACAGACAUGAACCGCCUAGUUGCUGCCUCACUACUACGGAGUACUGCUCUUCCCCUCCAGCGUCCAACUCGAGUAGUUACACGUCAUCAUCCUCUAUCGCCGGUCACCCCCACAAUGAAAAUGAUAUGGGAGGCGGAGGUCAUGCGAACCGGGGGAGAAGGAAGAAGCGAGGUCUAUAAGGAGAUACAAAUCUCCAUCUUGUGCGAAAGAGUGAGCUCGCGAGGAGAUAUCCAAGUCCGAGGAUUGAGUUAGGGUCAGCGGGAGGCCGAUUGGUCGGGAUGCCAGCAUUGAGGGCGAAUGCG